AUGUUUCCUAAAAAAUCACAAACAGAUAUAAAUAAAAAUGAUUUUUUACAUAAUUUGGAUGAAGCUCGUGAAGCUCGACGUCGUGAAAAACAAGUGCAACAAGCAGCUAUUAUCAUUCAAAAAACAGUACGAGGUUAUCUUGUCAGAAAAAAAUAUCGAGAUUAUCGAAAAAAUGAACUUAAACAAAUAUUUCUUGGUUUUACUGAUCCAAAUCCACAAAAAUAUCCAUCUUUGCAACUUGCAUCAACUAUGUUCCCUCAUUUACAACAUUUUCUUCUCUAUUAUAAUCGAAUGAAAAUUAAAGAUAAUUCAACGGAUUUACAACAAUUAUUAUUAGGUGUAUUGAAUUAUAUUUCAACAAGUCUAAUCGUAGAUGAUAUUAAAUAUAGUCAUUUGGCUGCGUUUUUUAAUAAAGAAGUUAAUGCACAAUGGAUGAAACUUAAUCAAGAUUUCAUGAUAGUAAUGCUUAAAGUUCUUGAAACAACAGAGCCGACAACAAAUGAUGAUAUUAAAUUAAUUAUUAAUUCUUUAAAUUAUCUUUAUCUUAUAACUGAUUGUCAAAGUUGGAAAGCGUUACAAAAAAAUAUGAACGAACUUCUUUUAAAAACAAUGCUUGCACUCAACCGUAGUUAUUUGAUUCAUCUUGGUCAACAUAAUCUUCUUAAAAUUCUUAAAACUUCAAUGAUUCGUUGUAUGCAUCGACGUCUCGAAUCAUCGGUUAUACAUAAUAUAGCUACGUUAGCUUUUAAACUUUUAUUAAACAGUGAUUUCAAUCGUACUCAUCUUAUUUUAUUUUCUCAAACAAUUCUUGUCAUACCAACUUUUAUAACAAUGUGUCAUGAAAGUUCACAUAAAUUAUUUCAAAUGGUUUGUCAAAAAGAUUUAUUUAAUCAUCUUAUUUGUAUGUAUAGUAUUAAAGAAUCAUUUGCUAGUUUAAGUGAAAAUAUUGAUAUUAUCGAACUUUGUUAUAUGCUUGGAAAUAUUGUUGCACUUGCUAGUAUUGAUCUAAGUCAAUUAGAAGCAAUGAAACAACCAUUUAUUCAUUGUCUUUUUAAUAUAUUAGAUGUUUGUCGACAACGACAAACAACUGAUGAACAAAGUGGGAAACAAACAAAAGUGACUAGUGUUUGGCAUCCAAUAAUUGGUCAUGUUCGAGGAAAAACAAGUGGCUUUACUGUAUCCAAUCAAGAAAUCGUUCAACGUGUUAUUAUUCAAUAUAAAUUUCUUUGGUCAAAAUUAUUUGUUAAUAUGUUAUUUGAAUCAAUACCAACAACAUCAUUAGGAAAUCAAUCAUCAUCAACAGCAAAAAAGGAAACAAAUAUAAUUCGAGCUAAAUUUGAAAAAUUAUUUCAUUCAAAAACUACAACAGAUAAAUUAACAAGUGAUGAAUUAACACAAUCCAUUUGUCGUAUAACGACAUUUUAUCAAAAAUUAAUUCAAAUAUUAACAGAAUUGAGACUACAAAUUCUUUGUGCUCUUUCGUUACAAGAUAGUUUAAUAAGUAGUUUAUGGCAAUUUUUAAAUAAUAUUGGUUCAACAUGUGGUUUAAAGGAAUUAUUAAAAAUUUAUGAAAUGAAUAAAGAAAACUAUCAUCCAAUAUUUGAUUUACUUCAAUUAUUUUGUAAUCUCUGUUCAUAUCUUGCUACAGUUUUAGAUGAAGAAGAAAUGUAUAAAGAACAAAAAUAUUUAACUCUUGAAAGUUGGUCUCAAUUUAGUUUAUUUCUUAAUCAAUUUGUUUAUCGUUUAAUACGUAUUGAAUUUGAACGAACAAUAACGACAUCAGUAAAAUUAAAAUUAGAAAAUAAUCAACUAUAUAAAACACUUCAUCAACUUCUUAUUUUACUUCAUGAACGAAAUUCAAGAAAAUCAUUUACACCUGAUUCACAUUGGCUUAUUCGGUAA